AUGUUCUUUGUGUCUGCCCUGCACGACACCACAGUAGACGCCCAGUGGUACCAUAUGACGCGCAUGGCCCCAAGUCUGGAUGAUGAUGGCUGGUCGACUUUGGUCGAGUCCGACAGUGUGGUGUGUGGCGUCCGUGGGCGUCGAUCCGCCUGGCUUCUCAACGAGUCGACGUCUGUCUUUUCUCCUUCUCCCAUUUCCCAAGUCCCCAUUCCGCGGGUGAAUCCAUGUGGUACGGGCAUGGCCGUUCGCUCAUGGCCCCACUUAUACCGCACAACUGGGCAACCCUCUUUCUUGCCAUCAAACAACGUCAGGUGUGACGAUGGACUAUGGACCAUGGCUGCUGGCUGCUCCGUCCCGCUCAGCCUCAUCAUGCAAGGCUGCCAGUCCAGGUUGAAUGACAAGUACUAUGACGAGCUGAACAGCCCAGGACCAGAUUCGACCUUCCAACAUUGGCACUACCCUACCACUGUCCUUGCGGCGCACCCUCACGCCUCAAUACAGCGUCACAAUGCACCCCUAUCCCUUCAAAUCCUGCUGGACCCAGCACGGAAAUCAAACGGCAAGCCAUCAUCCUUAUCAGCGACAGAUGGCAUCUUGCCCGGCUACGAUAGCCCACAUCCAUUCGGUCGUCAUCCUGCUUUGCCGAUCCUUUCCAUCAUGACUGCAUUUGCCACUCUCACGGAAGCCUACCGACAGCCACUCUAUCGAGGUGUGGAUUACGAGGCGGAUGUGGAUUGGCUACGAAACCAAGGUUCCAGAGGACGGCGCACGCUUGCACGCGAAACGUAUCGCCUGCACCACUUCUACCAGAGAGCCAUAGACUCGGAUGCCGUCAUGCAGGAGGAGCAUGCACCUUCGACGGAGAUUGACACACACAGCAACACCGCUGACGCAUUUGCGCAAGGUGCUCCGACGUCAUCAGGCGAGCUACCCGGCCCCAAUGUCGUUCUCGGCUCGUACAGUCCCAACCACCUAGACGUCAUACCCGUCUCGUCUACUGCCGCUGUUGCAUGA